AAUCUAUGGCAACGGAAGAAUCGAUCAAACGGAAUUAUUUGACGUUAGAUUUUUACAGCUGUUUGGUGAAGCAAAAUGAAUACCAAUCCGUGCAAAGAAAGAGAACCCAAAGUAAUAGACAGCAAGUUACUGCAAAAAUGCAUCGAAGAGCAGCUUCCCAAAGGGGAAUUAGGUCGUUUGAUGAAAACCGAGGGAGUAGAGCAGGCGAAUGUGGAGCAAUUGCGAUUAGAGUUCCUGAACAUCGUCAAAAUGGACCACUUGUGGGUACUGAAAUCGAUAACCGUCUUAAAACUGAACAAUAAUCUCAUAGAAAAAAUCGAAGAUUUGGAAAAUUUAAUACAUCUAGAAGAUCUCGACUUGUCCUUCAACAAAAUAACCAAAAUCGAGAAUUUAGAUACCCUAGGCAAGCUAAGAAUUCUAAAUUUAUACGAGAACCGAAUCGAAAAACUGGAAAACAUGCAGAACCUCAAAAGCCUGACGAUUUUCAACAUCGGAAAGAAUUUAAUAAAAGACAAAGAAACGGUACAUCAUUUAAGAAGAAUUCCCAAUCUGAUAUCCCUCAAUCUAGCCGACAAUCCUUGUACUGAAUUUGCUGAUCUUCGCAUAUACGUAGCAGCUUUUUUACCCACUCUAAUCUGGUUCCAAUACAAGAAAAUAUACCCUGAAGAAAGGGAAAAUGGAUGCACGAAGUUCAAGCAACAAAUCAUAGACCAAGAAGAGCUGGAAGAAAAAGAAUUGGCCAAGAUACUGCAAAAAGAGCGCGAAGACAGAGAAGCCGAAUUAAACAUGGACAGUUUCGUUGAAUAUUUAAACACCAGACAUCUCUUCGAUAAAAUGUACGAAAACGACGCCGAAGGAAAACUCCUGCUCAAUCUCGGCGACGACGUCAUGGAGGCCUACAACGAAUUCCAAGAAAACUUCGUCAAUUAUUGCAGAGAAAUUUUCGACAUAGGCCAGAAGCACUACAAAAUCCGCCAGGACGAAAUAGCCGCGUUUUUCCGCAGCACCUCCCUCGUCAAGCACGACAGCCAGCAGGAGAGCAUCAAGUACAUGGAGGAAUUCGUCGAGUCCAAAAACAUUCUCUUCAGCAAAGUCAACUACCUCCAGCGCGAUCUCAUGGAAGGCUACAUCGAGAAGAAGGAGUUCGACGUGGAUAUCGUGCAGAAGACCGAGGAAUUCAACCAGCUCAUCCACGUCACGUGGAAGAAGCUCAUGAAAAUCGAGCUGAUACUCUACGAGCAAAUGGACGAAGUCAACCAGACGUUCGAAAGGAACUUGAAGGAAAUGAUCGCCAAUCUCAUCGAGGAGUCGCAGAACUGCUUCACGCAAUUGAGGGAUUUGGAACAGCAGUACUUCGAGCGGGUAUCCGAAGUUGCAAAUAAAAUGUUUGCAGGGAUAGGAAUAAUAGAUGACUUGGUGAUACCAGAGGUCCUUGACGAAUUGAUGUCUGAUAAGGAUAAUGUCCUGAACUGCUUGGCUGCUACUCACGAUACUCAUUUGACCGUAAUCGAUACCAGAGAAGAUGUUUUGAUGUUCAGAGCAAGAGAAUGGUUCGAUAUAUUCACCAAAAAUCUAUUCAGCAGCGAAAUCGACAGAAAUCGAUACAAAAUCUUGGAAUUGAACCAUUUCCUGGACAUCCAAAGGGACGAGUUCGCCGAAUUGAUAACCCCGCCAAAAGAAAUCGAAAUCGAUGAAAGUUUCUCAUAACAAAUAAACUUUGUAUUAUAC